GUCAUCAUAUCUUGCUUUGGAUUAGACAUGUUCCACCAAACUCAAUCCAUAUCACUCUCUACACUGAUGUUCAGCAUUUCAGAGACUGUGCGCUCGCAUUUAAACACAUUGAUGAACAUAUCAGUUUUUCUGGGUCAAAUUACGGGGACGUCUGUUGGGACUGACGUUUUUGUUGGAUAUGGCUGGUGUGCAGAUUCUGUGCUGUUCAUGGUCAUGUAUGUCUUCCAGCUUGCUGUGCUUAUCCUUAGAGGUUCCCAUUGUCCUUGGAAUUGCUGGUUUGGUUAUGAAGGUGGGCUGGAAGUCUGGAAGAUCUUGCCAUCUAAGCAGUCCCAACUAGUUGCGAAUGACGACCCUGAGAACGCAGAAUGUGGUCACCUGGCUGUGGUCUGCAGCAAGAAGGGGGGCACUAAAGGAGGUGCUGAGGAGCUUUGCUAG